UCUGCCAACUUGAUUUCCUGUUGGAUAAAGGGGAGGGGAGAAUUCCUAGAAACAACAAAACCAGUUACAGGAAUGGAAUGCCAUUUUUCUAUCUGGGGAGCUUUGGCUUUUCUGAGUUUGGCUCUGAUUGUUUCAUUGACACUGAAUAUUUCACACUGUAUGAAAAAGAAGCAAGCUAAAAUGCGUAAAGACUACGAAGAGAACAAUCCAAGCUAUGAUGGCUAUCACACAGAAGACUAUCCAGUUUAUGGCAAUCUCAAUCAAGAUAUUUUAGAAGAAUGUUGUUACGAGCAGAUGAAGUCUCAACCUCAAAGACCAGUUAACCAGCUACAGGUGGAGUCUGCCAAUCAGAUGUGUUAUGCCUCACUUGAUCACAGUGUCAAGGGAAAACACAGAAAACCAAGGAGAAAGAAAGAUCCUUCGUUAGAGGAAGAUGAAGAAGAAAGAUCAUCUAACUCCAUGGUGGCUUCCAAAGCUAGCAUUUACCUCAACAGUGAGCAGCUGGCUGCCGAAAACACAGCAAAAGCAGAAGCCAUUCAUGAUGAUCCCAACAGAUUAAGGGUCUUGAUUCAUAAUACAAAAGGGGAGAACCGAGUAUGUAAUGAACCAAAUAUGUAA